GUGUUAUUGGCCUGAUCGCAAGAAUCGCUUAUAUUCUUUGGAUAACUAUACUAAUUUGUUCGAGUGGAUAUUUCUUAACUGAUAAGUCACGAGGGAAAUGGAUUACAUAAGAUCGAACUGAUUGCAGGGCUGUAAUAGACUUUAUAGUGACUCGCUGGCGGCUCAGCGAGUUACCUGGAGAAUGGAGGAGUGAUAUCAGCGAGCAGACGACACGAAGAUGGACGUGACGUCAACAGUGAGCGUGAUGUCACUCAACAUGAGUGACGCAACUUGGAGUGAUAUCAACUCGACUGACCCUCAGUUUCAAGACAUGCUCUUCACGAGUCAGCUAGACAUGGAGCUGCGAUACUCCCCGGAGAAAGUCUACGUCGACCGCUACGUGACGCCGAUCAUUUAUGCAAUAGGUUUCCCCGGAAACAUCGUAUCCUUCAUUGUAUGGAUUCAGAGGCGCAUGCGCCAUUCGUCCGGAUGUUACCUGGCUGCUCUGGCUUUAGACGAUCUUAUUUUCCUUGUUCUGCACGUGAUGUUCGAAAUGCACACGGUGUGGCACAUUCCCACGCUGGACGUUCCUGGACUGUGCGAGAUCUACCCCGUGUUUUACAUUGCUACCCAGUAUUUAUCUCCCCUCCUGGUGCUCGGCUUCACCGUCGAGCGAUACAUAUCCAUCUGCCACCCGUUCAAGAGGGAGAAGUUCUGUACCACCAGACGUGCCAAAAUUGUCAUUGCCUUCCUAGCGACCCUGUCGCUGUGCAUGAGCUCGAUCCAGGGCUACUUCUACCAGUACAACACGAACGUGUCGGAGUGUGACCUCAGGCAGGAGGUGAGCCAGGGUGGCGCCAUCAACUUCUUCGUGGUGUGGAACAUGUGCAUCGAGAUGUUCGUCUUCCUGUUGGUGCCGCUCAACGUGUUGCUCCUGAACGUCCUCGUGAUUCGAGAGAUGCGCAAACUCUCCCGGGUCGAGACUCACAAACUACACGGCAAGCAGCAGAGGACGUCGGCGACGACCGUGAUGCUGCUGGCCGUCUCCUUCUACCAGAUUGUCACCACCCUGCCCGUGACCAUCGUGUACGCCUUGUACUUCGUCUUUCCCACGGGCGAGCCCACGGUCAGGGACUCGAUGAUGCUGCGGGAUCCCACGUGGCGGCGCUACUUCACGUACAUGUUCGUGCAGAUCGUGAUAAAGGAGUACGGCACGACCCACUAUGCAAUCAACAUUUUGAUUUACCUCAUCACGGGCAAGAUGUUUCGCAACGAGCUCAAGAAACUGCUAUGCAACAACGCGUGCGCCAAGCUGGUGAUGAAGGUGCCGAAGACGGAGUACUCGAGUCUGCGCAGUACGCAGCGCACCAGUCUGCGCGGGACGUCGCAGUGGGUGUCGGUCAACGGCAACACCGACAAAGACAAGGGCAACGGCGGCGCCGGGCAGGAAACUAACGUCUGACUCCUGUUGCGGCGUCACCGUUGUCUGGAAACAAAAACAUACAGUAUAUAUGUAUACACACCGUGUCAAACGUCGUUAUCUCAAUUUAUGUAAAGUUUGUUUUGUUUAACGACACCACUAGAGCACCUUUGAUUUAUUAAUCAUCGGCUAUUGGAUGUCAAACAUUUGGUAAUUUAGAAUAUUAUAGUCUUAGAGAUGAA